UGGGCUCAAUGAAAGAGUUUUCUACAUACAAUCGGCAGGCGCUGUAAAUAUGAAUGCAUCGUGCGGUUUUUAUGCGGGGUCAUACACAUCCAGAAUGUGACACAUUGUUUCCUCGACAUAACCGUGGUCAGAAGCUCGUAGAUCGAGGACCAGCGCGUUGUCAGAUACGAGGCGGCCGGAGACAUCUUUUCCUGCGAAUUUGGGGAACUGAGGAGCUGAGAACUUAACUACGGACGACUGUGACUAACGUUAGAGGGAAUUUAGCUCAGCAUGGCUGCUCGACUCGCUCGCCUUUUUGGGAACAGUCGCAUCGUUGCAGGACUGUUGGUGAACUUACUUUCGUCCAUAUGCAUCGUGUUCAUCAACAAAUGGAUUUACGUGCAUUAUGGUUUCCCAAACAUGACAUUGACGUUGAUUCAUUUCGUGGUGACAUGGCUAGGACUUUAUGUAUGCCAAAAGAUGGACAUAUUUUCGCCAAAGAGCCUACGGCCAACCAAAAUUGUCCUCCUGGCUCUAAGCUUCUGUGGCUUCGUCGUUUUUACAAACCUUUCCCUUCAGAACAACACCAUAGGUACUUACCAGCUUGCUAAAGCAAUGACAACGCCAGUUAUUAUUGUCAUUCAAACAGUGUACUACAGGAAGACGUUCUCCACCAAGAUCAAGUUGACGCUGAUCCCCAUCACUCUAGGAGUUAUACUCAAUUCCUAUUAUGAUGUGAGGUUUAACCUGCUGGGAAUCGUCUUUGCAACGCUGGGUGUUUUUGUUACCUCCUUGUACCAAGUGUGGGUGGGAGCCAAGCAGCAUGAGCUGCAGGUGAACUCCAUGCAGCUGCUCUACUACCAGGCCCCCAUGUCCUCUGGCUUCCUGCUCGUCUUGGUGCCCUUUUUCGAACCCCUGACCGGAGAGGGGGGCAUCUUCGGACCCUGGUCCUUCCCUGCGCUGGUCAUGGUGCUCAUGUCAGGGGUCAUCGCUUUCCUGGUAAACCUGUCAAUCUACUGGAUCAUCGGGAACACCUCUCCUGUCACCUAUAACAUGUUUGGGCACUUUAAGUUCUGCAUCACCCUGCUGGGGGGCUAUGUGCUGUUCCAGGACCCCCUGUCUCUGCACCAGGGCCUGGGGAUCCUCUGCACCCUGAUGGGCAUCCUGGCCUACACCCACUUCAAACUGGCCGAGCAGGAGGAGGGCAAGAGCCGGCUGGCCCAGCGCCCCUGAAGGCCGGUUGCCCAACACACAGAGGCAGACUGGCAUCAACCCCAUCAGGAAACCAGGAAGAUAGAGAGGCACCCAGCUGGCCAGGCUCACAGAGCGGGGAUGAGUAGAUGAUGAUUGGAUCAACUGCGCUUUGUGUGCAGAAAACUGUACAGGAUUUUAAGGGGAACGUGUUUUUUUUGUUUGUUUGUUUUUGGAGACCAGGUUUCCUGCAACGCGGACUUUAGUAGUAUUGCUCCAUAAAAUGUGUCAUGAUAAUCAAGGAGUUUUGCAAGAGGUGUUUGUGCCUGUACAAUCACAACGAGAAGCAGCUGAAGGGUUUGCUUCCAGCACAGUCCAAAUGUAUAGCAACUUGUUUUUUCUUUUUAUUAUUUAAUGUGGCUGAUUUUUUGCCAUAUG